UGCAGCUCGAAGCUGGGAUCGAACUAAAACUUUUUCGUAUGCAGAUUAUCUAAAAGAAAAUGAUUGUGGGAAAGUGUGACCAGGGCCGCGUGGUGCUCAUGUUUCUUGCGAUGCUUGCCUUCUUAGCUGCAUUUACUUUGAAAAUAAUGGCAGGAAUCGGUGCCAGAUCAGGUGUUUUCCAGCAGAGUACCGAGGAUGUGACACUGAAGUAUGCAACGCCAAUAUCCGUUGCUGGCUGGGCCCUGUUUGUAUGGGAUUUCAUAUAUAUUUGGGUCUUGGCCAUGUUUACAUACUUUUUAGUGGGACUCUGUAGAAGAAAUGUUUAUAAAUGGAUGUACACCACUCCUGCAGCCUUUCCCUAUGGAUUUCAUGUCUCCUUGACCAUCAACCUGUGUCUGAACAUUGUCUGGCUGUUUCUUUUUGACCGAGAGUUGUUGCUGUCAGCAUUGAUAAUCUCAGCUUUAAUGACCGUCAGCGACUACAUGAUUCUCUUUUUUUCCUGUCAAGGACUGAGAGUCUAUGGUGGCUGGCUGAACAAAUAUCACACUGUAGACCUGUGGCUCAUCAGAAUAUUGGUGCAGAAUGGAGUGGCAGUGUUUGCGGCAUGGGAAACCAUCUCCACCUUGCUAAACUUGACAAUAUUCUUGCAACAUAACACGGGAGUGACGCGGUGCGAUUGCUCACUGCUGUCACUGACGCUGCUACUGAUGGAGCUCUUAGCGUGGUUUCUAUUGGAGAACUUCUACCUGGAUGAGCACAUGCGCUACAUUCUGACCAUCUACCCGGUGGUGAUCCUGUGGUUUACAGGCAGCGUAACCAAUCCCAGUGCAUCUACAAGCCAAAUAUACAUCUUUACUGUUGUAAUCCUCGCCGUCUCUUGCGUCUUGUUUGUGGCCCGCAUCUCCCUCGUGAUAUGGAGGCACCGCAAGCGACCGCUUCACGACAACAGUGUUCCCAGUCUGUCACCUGUGGAAAUUGCCUUGACGCAGCGGAAACUCUUUAUGUGAUUCAUGCAAGACUGUCAAGAGUUAUGUGAGCUCCCGUCACUUUUUGAAAUGUGUUAUUUUUUUUCUCUUAUAUUUGUGUGUGCAGGCUAAAACUCAAUGUAAUUCUCCCAGGUUGAAAUGAUUAGAUUGAAACUAUACUUUUAUCCUGAUAAGUUUUACGUUUUGCAGAAAGUCCUAAUGUCAGCCUCGGUCCUGGCUAGUUUAGACACAGAGGUUGUGAUGUGUUGUGUUGGGUUGUGUUGUUGUGUACCAAGGUGGAUGACUGAUAUUGAUCCAAUAAGCUGCUUUCACCUCAAGAGUUACAAAGAGAGCCACUAAGUGGAAUAUUCAACAAUAAAGAAAUGAAA